CCUUUCUCACGUCUACGUUUAACUUCCUCAGGAGACAGCCGCCUUACUAUCGACCCCGCCGGUCGAUUGCUGACGUUUGGCCGUGCGCUGGCCGUUGCCUGGUUUAGUCCCGUGCGUCGCGCGUCCGCAAAUCGCACAUCCGCCCGUCCCCUUCGCGUAGCGACUAGAUGGUCUUCUCGUCACUGGGCUACUUCCAUGGCGUUAUGCAUCGUGUCUGGUCGCUCCAGUCGGACUUCUGCGGCUAGAUCGAAUCUCAGCCCGCCUAUGAAGGCUCCUACUAGUGCAUCCUCAGACCAAUCUCGUACGCGACAGGCUAGUCGUUCAAACUCCUUGAUAUAUUCACGUAAAUUGCCUGCUCCUACUCAGCCUACGGUAGUCGCUCAGUUCCGCGACUAUCACGCCGAAAAGUUCUCAGGGCAGGGAGAUCCCCGCAUCGUUGAUGAAUGGAUUCAGGGGUUGGAAUUUAUCUUUGAGGACAUGGAAUGCCCCGAUAGGUAUCGCGUAGUUUGCGCUCAGCUUCAGCUCACUGGUGAUGCAAGGCUCUGGUGGAAUGCCUACUGGAGCAUGCGUCCCGGUGAAAAAGCGGGUUGUACAUGGGACAUGUUCAAGGAUGUAGUCCGCGAAAAGUACUACCCUUCCUACUAUCGGGCAGAGAUGGAGCGUCAGUUCUUAGCGCUCCAGCAGGGCACUCGUACAGUUGAUGAGUACGAGCGAGAGUUCACUAGACUUGCAGGUUUC